AUACCGAUUUUUCGUACACCCUUUAUCUGUCUCUCAAUUUGUUUCGGACUGUAAUCGAUAGAGAGCGCCGCAAUCGAGGUAAUUUCGACUCUCAUGCUCGAGGAAAAAUAGAAUCCUGAGUAAAAACUCCAAAAUGGCGCAACUGCCGAGUGUAAACACCCAGUUUUGAUGUUAACGAGGUGCACCAGCCGCGAAGAGUUCGCGUAAAAAUCGGACUCGCUGUUUGGUCCAUUUUUGUGUGUGAACAGUGUGACGAACAAAUUCUACCUGAAUGUUCACUGUAUCUACGAUCGCCCAUUCUAUACCAGGGAGUGACCUGAGUAAAAUGUCGCAGAAGCGCGGUGCCACUAUAGCGCAUAUUGGAUCGGACGAGGACGAUCCGAGCGGGUGUAAAUAUAGGAGGCUGGAGGACGAGAACGUGCAGGACAAAGAAAGAUUUGCGAGCAGGGAGAAUCAUUGUGAAAUCGAGCGGCGGCGGCGGAACAAGAUGACCGCCUACAUCACCGAACUAUCGGACAUGGUGCCGACGUGUUCAGCGCUGGCGCGGAAACCGGACAAAUUGACUAUACUCAGGAUGGCGGUCGCCCACAUGAAGAACCUCAGGGGUACCGGGAACGCGACCACGGAUAACGCGUACAAGCCGUCUUUUCUCACUGAUCAGGAGCUAAAGCACUUGAUCCUAGAGGCCGCGGAUGGAUUCCUGUUCGUGGUCAGCUGCGACACGGGGAGAAUCAUUUACGUCUCCGAUUCGGUCGCGCCUGUCUUGAACUACACGCAGAGUGAUUGGUACGGCACCAGUCUCUAUACACAGGUCCAUCCAGACGACACCGAAAAGGUGAGAGAACAGUUAAGCGCGGAAGAGCCGCAACACGGAGGCAGGGUGCUGGACCUGAAGACUGGAACCGUGAAGAAAGAAGGCCAAUCAUCCAUGAGGAUGUGCAUGGGUUCGAGAAGAGGCUUCAUAUGUCGCAUGAAGGUCGGGAACCUCCAGACGACCGGCGACAUGGCGGCUGCUCACGGUUUCCACCGUAUGAAGCAGAGAAACUCGCUCGGGCCGAGCAGGGACGGCCAGAAUUACGCCGUAGUCCAUUGUACAGGAUACAUCAAAAACUGGCCCCCCACCGGUGAUUUUGUUUCCCCGUGUGUACCAUGUGUGGGUAUAGGUGACAGGGGACCUGGUAGUGUUCAAGCUAGAGCUGACGGUGUAGUUGCAGAUGAAAACACCAACAGCAAUUGCUGCUUGGUCGCCAUUGGACGACUACAGGUCACUAGCACACCAAAUAGUAGCGAUUUAGCAGGUUCCAAUAGCAAUAAUGAAUUUAUAUCGCGUCAUUCAGCAGAAGGUAAAUUUACCUUUGUGGACCAAAGAGUUGGUGGAAUUCUAGGCUACACACCCUCAGAACUCUUGGGUCACCCGUGCUACGAAUUCUUUCACCCAGAGGACUUAACGCAUAUGAGGGAAAGCUUUGAGCAAGUGCUGAAGCUGAAAGGACAAGUGGUGUCUGUGAUGUACAGAUUUCGAGCCAAAAAUCGCGACUGGGUCUGGUUAAGGACGUCUGCAUUUGCAUUUUUAAACCCGUUCAAUGACGAUGUUGAAUACAUUGUCUGCACAAAUACGCAUGCAAAAUCGUUUCAUCCUGGCAGCGAGGGCCAGACCGAAACCGAAGCUGUACCUGCCUAUGGUCAACCUGGCUUAGAUUAUUCUCUUCAGAGACAUCCUGCUAGGGAUUCAUUGUAUUCGGGGCAUCAUAUGAUGCAGCAUCCAGCAACUGUAGCUACAGCUGGUCCUCAACAACCGAGGCCGUCCAGUACACAAAACGUUUAUCAGGGAUAUGAAACCACACAGUCACCAAUAGCUUAUGGUUCACCUGGACAACAGAGUGCAUCUUCUUCGGUUUUAAGUAGAAUCCAAAAGCCAGCUAAUACAUCGCCAACUCCGGUGCAACAAGCAUGGGCUAUUGGAAGACAGCAGCCAGUAACAGAAGGAUAUCAGUACAGUCAAUUAAGUCCAUCUAGGUCACCAAGCGGACCAACUUAUACUCAAUUAAGUGGCGGUGCUAGAACACCGGCAACGCAGUAUCAUGCAGUAACCACAGUGCCUAAUAAUCCGGGUAUGUGGGGGUGGCAGAGUCAACAACACCAAGCACCUCAACCAGAUGGCGGACAAUCAAAUCCUCAAGUGACUGGACAAGCACAACCACCCCAUCCUGCUCAGGGUGGACCUGGUACGCAACCCCAAGAACUCUCGGAUAUGUUACAGAUGCUACAGGAUCAAGGCGGAGCAUCUGGUUUCGAGGAGUUAAAUAUGUUUAAUACUAACUUCGAGUAGCGACAAGGAAAUAGUAUUGAAGAAUGUCUACCUUAAAGGAGCUUUAAGGUUUAAAUCAUUGUCUCGAGAUCACACCGAGCAUCAUAAUCAGCACUUUUACUUCAGCAAUUAAUUGAAAGCUCGCAAUUAGCACCUCACAUAUAAACUUCAUCUGAUUUGGUGUUGGGGUUAGGAUGGCCUAACUUCAUCCAUUCAUUAGCAAUUCUUUUCUGAGAAGUUUCGAACCAUCACGUUUGCUAGUACGAUUUUGAAGAUCGUAUGAGAUGUUGAGACAAUUUGUCGAAAAAUUCAUGAACAUCAUUUCGUGAAAGUGCCAUU